AUACUGUCAUUAAUUUAUCUCGAUUGCAAGCCCUGUUUCAUUCGAGGUAUUGUCGAGUAGCCAAGAAGACACAAGAAACAGCUACAAGCCAUGAGAAGAGCAGGUUCUAGUAGAAGUAUCCAAGCUGAGGAAUACGAGCUAGAGCUGGGAGGCCAUCUUGUGUAUCCGGGUGGCAAGGUCAAUGUGCGCUGGAAAGGAACCUGGUACAAUGGCAUUGUCAGCAAAAUUGGACCACAACAGCCAAUGUGCAGGGUGCGGGAAAUGUCGACCAAUCAGACUCUGCUGCUAGACCAUGAUGAGCUGAAGCUGAUGGAAUCGUUUGUCCUACAGAAGCAGUACAACCCCGGGACUAGGGUAGCCUAUAACAAUGGUGAAAGCUGGAUAGAGGGCGUGGUGGAGGAUGGCAGCUGUGUAGGCGCGGCUCUAGUCAGGUGGAGAGCUUCCGUACACAGUAUGGAGAACGAGACAUGGUUUGAAAUGGCUGAUCUUGCUCCAGUGAUACAGAACGAAGCCUACCUUGCUGAAAACGACGACUUAUUAGUAGCAGGGAAAAGUGGCUUGUUACAGAACGACACGAUUGAACCACGACCACGAAAAAUUGACAAUGUUCUAUACGAAAGUGACGAUUCAGAGCCAGACUUCUUCCCAAGUCCAGGUUCCGUACGGAAUGGAGACAAUGAACCUUUCUAUCACGUUCUGGAUCAGAAUCAGCCACCCCAGCAUCGCAUUCCACUCACGUCCAACUCUGUUGCCUGCGAGACCAUCCCAGAGAAUCGUGCCUUCGGCAAGAAGAGACAUCGCUCUACCAAGAGCCCACGAUCUUCUAAAACGCAAACACUGGAAAAGAAGCAUUCACGACGAUCACAGCCAUCUCCUCCACACAUCUACGAUUACGCCCACCACACUCUCCCUCACGCCCACACCCUACCACACGCCCACUCGUAUUUUCCCCCUCCAUUUGUUGCUGGCCCUUGGGGCAUGUACGAGACGCUCCCCCACAGUCCCUACAUGUACCCCCCACAGCAGCGACCCCCCUACGCGUACCCCCCAGCGAGACCAGUAUCCCCCGUCAAGCUACCCCCCAACAGAACCCUGGAGCACACCUCGCUACCUGUAGCCUGGUCAUACAUGACAAACUACCACAACGGUAUCCCGCCACAUGCAACCUCAAGCUUCUUCUCACAAAUGUGGGGAAAAUUUUCAGCUCCGAUACGAAAUCGAAGCAAAGUUAUGCCAAGGAAAAUGUCGAACCCUGGUGGUAAAAAUAUUAGCAUUUUGAAAAAAUCUCCCAGUAAUAUAUCGAAGGCUGCCUCUGAGCCAGUUUACAGUGGAGGGCUGCCAGCACACCUUUCAACUGUCGAGACACUUCAGAGAAAAGACGUGUCCGAUAAAUCGCUGCUAUCGCGGAAAAGAAAGAAGGAUACAAGUCCAAAGAAGAGUAAGGAGGUUCUAGCUUCACUAGAAGAGCAAACUUUGGAAGAGAAAGAGCCAGAACCAUACGAAGUUCCACUGAACAUUUACCAGGAGAUAGACAAGGUUGAGGUAUCUGUGGAGACAGGGAAAACUGGAGGCAAGAAAGAAAAGAAAAAGAAAGAGAAAUCGCCGCCCAAAAGCAAGUCUACUAAAGGGAAGUCAGUAGACAAAGAUAGUGCAAGAGCUCUGACAAUAGCCUCGUCCAGUCCGCCUGAAGUGAGUGUAACAAGUGGAGGCUCCACUCUCUUUACAUGUCUAGCCAGCGCUGGGAACAAGGUCACCUACCAGUGGAGCAAAGAUGGAGACACUCUACCCAGUAAAGCCCAUAGCAACAGCGUAGUCACGGCUCCGGGUAUACUGGAGGUACGGAAGUGCACAGCCGAGGACGAGGGUCUCUACACUUGCACUGCCAGCAAUAAAUGGGGCACAAGCUCACGGACAUUCAGCCUCACCAUAGCAUUCGGUGUCCCACGGUCCCCCUCUAAACUCGGCGGGCUACCUAGUUCCCCUCACAUAGCAUUGCCAGCUGGAGUGGAGGGACGACUAGGGUCCUCCUUCAAUAACAAAGUCACUUACGCAGAGCUGAACAUGCCCCCCCUGGAAGUAACCCCUACCCCCCUCAAAGAGCUAAAAACGACCCCCCAGGGAGCAACCCCUGCUCCCCACAAAGAGCUGAAUAUGAUUCCCCAGGGAGCAGACGGGAAUUAUGAGCCGGAGACUGUCCAAGCAUUCCUCGAUAACUUGCUGGAAGAGAUGCAUAUUUCAGAUGAUGAAUUUGGUACUGAGAAAAAUCAGUUAUCGGAGAGACCUCUGGGAGACGGUAAAGAAAGCUCCACCCACUUGCCCCUCGGAGAAGAAACAGACGUUGUCCCUCCGCUGCCAACCAUACUAGUAACCGAGAGCAAAAGUAUGCGAAUAAAACACAAACGAAUGAGCAGUCCCAUAAAAAACGAUAACCAAGAUUAUUUGGAGGGCUACGGGGCCGACUAUGGCGCCAUUUCCUCGACAACCGAUUUGGAGAAAGAACGACUGCCAAAAUACGCAGAAAAAGACAUUGCCAAGAAACUCAAGCAAAAGGACAAGAAGAGAAAAUUAAGUGAAGAAAGUACUGAAAAAUCGCCGAAAAAAGAAAAGAAAAAAUUUGGUCUAUUUUCACGCUCUAAAAAGAUAGUUGAAGAUAAGCCGCCGCAGGGGGAAGGGAUAUUGGACUACAAGGAUAUGCCGUCACCCUCUAAGUCCAUCGUUAGAUUUGCGGAAGUUCUUGAAGAGGAGUUGACUAAACGGGACAGUGGUUUAACAGAUACUAGCCUGGGGGUGAAUACAUCACUGGGGAGUGAACAUUCAGAUAGCUCGUACGCUGAAAGGGGGGGUGAUCAAAAUGGGUGUGGUUUAGAGCUGCCCACAGAAGAGGAGUCCAUUUCAGAGCAAGUUCGGAGAUUACAAGCGUCCGUGGAGGAGUACAAUCACGAGGAAAUGGAGGACAGAAAGGUGAAGAAGAGCAGCAGAUUUAAAAAGCUUGCCAAGAGAACUAAGUCCUAGCUGCUAGUGUUUGUGUGACAAUGUGUAUUAGUCGUGUGUGUGUGUGUGUUCAAAUCACUGUUUCCUGUUGCCAAUAGUUACGUAGAUUAUCUGUCUUCAUGCAUGAUAGUGCUUAUUAUCCAAAUUAAAAUAUUAUUGUAACAUUCAUUCAUGGACUCAGUCCUGUUGUAAUAAUUAUGUUAGCUCUCACA